GUCUGCGGUACUGCUGGUCCUGCUAAUGACUCGGUGCUUGUUUCGCGUGCAUUCCAUAUUCUCAAAAGAGAGGCUAGGGGCUCUUUUAGAGAAUCUAGAGAAUCGGGCUUCUUGUAAACCUUAAUAGGUAAUCAUCGAAAAGAUCAAGAUGUUAAAUCCUCCGGAGGGACAAGCCCUUUACGCCCCCCCAGUCGCUGCCACGGGCCCCACGGCCCCCCCUGCCAGCAUGUUCGGCACAGUGCCAGGUUACGAGGGCACACUAGCUGGAGGAGGUGGAUACCUGCCCCCACCCAUGCCAGUGGACCCCACCCCUCCACCCCAACCAACACCAGUUGGGGACUGGAACAUCCCCGCCAUGACUGAGGACCAGGCACGACAGGCCUUCAAGACCUUUGCCUCCGCUCACUGCUGCUACAGCGGUGGUCCUGCUAAUGACGGGGUCAUUACCAACAUGGAGUCCUUAAACACCUACCGGUACCGCUUGGAGACUUACACAGAGUCCAGGUCAACUGAGUGGGCCCACAAAGCCCACGAAGGAGAGCCAGCAGACUUCUACACCCAGACCGCCCCUCGCCCAUGGGAGGUUCAGGUCACACCUCCUGCUAUGUUCACCAAUAAAAUAGAGAAUGUCCGGGUUCCCUUCACCUCUUCCAUUAAGGAUUGCCACACCUGCCAUGCAAGUGGGACAGAGCGGUGUGAGGAUUGUCAUGGCGACGGCACGAAGCAGUGCUGGGUGUGUAAAGGUUCUGGACAGCGUUUGGAGGAAUCCUGUUCCCAAUGCAGCGGCAGAGGAACAGAGAACUGUCGUGAUUGUUCGGGCAAGGGAACCAUCAAGUGUGUUACCUGUGAGGGAAAGCGCCAACUGUUGACCUACAUUAACCUCAAGGUUGAAUGGAAAACCAAUGUGGAAGACUUUGCACAGCAGCUGUCCGGGGGUCUGCAGGUGGACCUGGCCAACGUUCACGGGAAGGAGCUGUUCAAGAACGCACAGUACAUGGUGUAUCCAGCGCAGGGGUUCCCAGAUCCUGCCAUCUCUCAGGCCUCUGAGCGUAUAGUCAGAGAACACCAGGCCAAGUACUCUCAGGACUCCCGCAUCCUGCAGCAGCAACAGACCAUUGAGCUGAUCCCCAUCACCAAAGUGAACUAUAAGUGGAAGAACAACUCCCACCACUACGUAGUGUAUGGCAACGAGAUGGAGGUCAGCUCUGACUACCCUGCCACCUGCUGCUGCACCAUCAUGUAGACCUCAUCCUCUACUCCAGACCUCAUCCUCCAGUACAGGCAUCGUCCUCUACUCCAGACCUCAUCCUCCAGUACAGGCAUCGUCCUCUACUCCAGACCUCAUCCUCCAGUACAGGCAUCAUCAUCUACUCCAGACCUCAUCCUCCAGUACAGGCAUCAUCCUCCAAUACAGGCAUCAUCCUCUACAAGCCCUACUCCGGAUAUCAUCCUUCAUCCACUCCAACAUCCAAGCUUUUGUGUGUGUGUGGGCAGACAUCUGUCAGUGUGUGCUAGGUCCAUGUGUGCAUGUUACAUUUGUAUCCAGGCCAUGAUGAGUGUUUUAUUCUGUUACACCUCAGCUGAACUGCCUAUGUUUGCUCCACCCCUGCCAGCAGGGCUCGCCUUAGACUCACUGAGUCUGCUUACUGCACCACUCUCUACCUCCAGGAGUAUUACUGUUAACCUGACUCGCCCAACUGUUACACAUAACCAUCUGGGAAGUUAUGCCUGAAAUUUUUUGUCUGAAAAUGAAAUGAAAGGCACUUGUGAAAUUGAAGCUUUAACCACGCCCGUAGCUGCCAGUAGUUCCUCAUAGAAUGCUGAUGGGUCUGAACCACUGAGGUUUGCGCACAGAAGGAUAACUUGGAGUUUUUCAAGAAGGAUUCCCGCAUGGUCGUCAUCUCGCUAGCUUAUAUUACUGUAUCCUGCCUUACUAACUCUGCCCCCACCUCACAAGGCCCCUCAUCCCAAUAUUGGGUUUUUGUAACAGUCGCUCUAUAUAGUAUUGUUUUUAUAACAGAUGUCUUGAUUCCUGUAGAAUCAGUGCUGGACAGUGGCCGUUGUUAAUGUAUAUGUAUUUAGGACACAAGACCUUACUCAUUAAAUUUGACCAUAUAAUCCAA